GAUCGAGGCUAGCAUGCACUUUAGACAUUUCUCUAUUUGGAUACACCUCCUCCUAGAUCCUGCCACCUACCCUGCAAUGGAGAUGCAGAUCUGUGAGACCAGUACAGUUCAGCUGGACAUUGUACCUGAUGGUGAGGCAGCUCUGAGGGAACAUAUCAAAAACAAAACCACUGCUUUAGGGAGAGAAAACAUUGAUGACUCAUUCUAUGUUGUUGACCUUGGCCGGGUACUGGAGCUCCAUAGAGACUGGGUGACUGCCCUGCCCACUGUCACUCCAUUCUAUGCUGUCAAAUGCAACAACGACCCAGCUCUCUUGAAGACACUCGCUGCGCUAGGGACCGGCUUCGACUGUGCUAGCAAGGCUGAGAUCAAGGGUAUGUUGGAUUUGGGAGUUACUCCAAGUCGUAUUAUUUACGCCAAUCCCUGCAAAAAGCUCUCUCAUCUAAAGUAUGCAGUCGAGAUGGGUGUUGAGACAAUGACCUUUGACUGCGAUUCUGAACUGCUCAAGAUACAAGAAGAGUGUUCAUCUGCAAGGCUUGUUCUGCGGAUCAGAGCUGAUGACCCGGAGGCUCAAUGGAAACUUGGAAUAAAGUUCGGCUGCACGGUACCUGAAGGUAAACAUCUUCUGAGUACUGCUAAAAACCUGGGGCUAAACAUCAUUGGUGUAUGUUUCCAUGUCGGGAGUGGAUCUCUAUCUCCCAGAGCAUAUGAGCUAGCCCUGAAGAUGUCUGCUGAACUGUUUGAGUACGGCUAUAAGAUUGGUUAUCAGUUUAGUCUGUUGGACAUUGGAGGAGGUUUCCCUGGAGACAAGGGCUCUAAAGAGGUCUUUCAGCGAGUGGCCAGUGCCAUCAACUCCAGUCUGGACUCUCUCUUCAGCUCAUUCCCAGGACUCACUGUCAUCGCUGAGCCAGGUUUCUAUUUUGCCUGCUCCACCCACCAAAUAGCAGUGUCCGUAAUUAGCAAGAAGUCGUGUGACACGAAGGAAGGGCGGAAGUUCAUGUAUUAUCUUAAUGAUGGCUUCUAUAGUGCAUUCAGGUGGAUCUCAUCUUAUGAAGUCACACCAACUCCUAUUGUUAUUACGGAAUCCUCUGGUCCUCUCUACCCCUCCAUUCUGUGGGGACCCACCUGUGACGCACUUGACAAAUUUGGGAGACAAUAUCCUCCUUCCAGAACUAAAUAUCGGGGACUGGGUCUACUUUGAUGACUGGGGCGGCUACACUGCCUCUACUUCAACUAUGUUCAAUGGAUUCCCACCAGCAAAGCCAUACCACUACGUCACCAUAGCAAACCGAGACCAGUUAAAACAGCUGCUGGCUCUGAAAUGCUGUCCUCCCAAUCACUUACAAAAAACAGUUGCCUCUGAACAAACGUUGUGAUGGGGUUAAUAACAUAAACGAUUUUUUUAGCAUUGUGAGUACAUUAUUUUGUGAUGUGGUGCAUUCAAGCAAGAUAACAUGAAGCUAGCGA